AUGGCAGCUAACAAAGUCUUACCUGCGGGCUUGAAGGAGGACCUGCUUCGUACUCAUGACCGUCGAAACCCCAUUGAGCCUAGCCUUCCUCCUUCCACAUUUACCCUCCCCGAUGGCUUCCUCGAAGGUCCAGCACCCAACUUAACCAAAUCCAUAGUUGAUUUCAAGAAGGCGGGAAUAUUAGAGAAUGAAAAAGCAUGGGCCGUCAUACUUGAUGGUGUCCUGUCUGAAGACGAGUGCAACAUCUUGGUACAAGCAGCGGAAGCGACUACUAAUGGCAAGUGGGAAAGAGCAAUGGUGAACAUUGGUGGCGGCAUGCAAGCAAUGUACGAGGACACCAGGAAGUGUGGUCGUAUCAUUUGGGACAACAAAGACAUCAUGGCCAAGUUAUGGGCGAGGAUAGAAGCGUCGGUACCUGAGAUUCAUCGCUUGCAGAACUGGGCGCUCGUUACAGGCAAUGGCCCAGCAAAGCGGGGAGAAACUUGGAGAGUAACGAGACUGAAUGAACGUGGGCGCUAUCUCAAGUACACCGGUGGAGAGUAUUUCAAACCGCAUUGCGAUGGUACCUACGAGACGCCAGACCGCACUGAGCGCUCUUACUUCACCCUGCACCUCUACCUGAACGAUGCAGUACUGAAAAGCGGAGAGAAGCAGCUCGAAGGCGGCGCCACUACAUUCUUCAACGGCCGCAUGGACCGCCGCAUCGAUGUUGUGCCAAAGACUGGGCGCGUCCUGCUCUUCCAGCAUCGCAACCUUAUACAUUCUGGUGACGACGUUGUGAAGGGGAUCAAAUACACGCUACGGACAGACAUCAUGUAUGCGAUGCAGAAGGACGUAGCAUCGGAGCCGGAGGAGUAG